AAAGGAUUUCCAUCUUCAAAGAGUCGAAUUCUUUUUGAAAAGACUCUAAAUGACAGGUCAUUUUCAAGCCUACGUCUGUCGGCUGGUGCAAGUUAUCUCUCACAUUCCAUCUUGAGCCUGAAUGACUCUCAGGCCAAUACCCGAGGCAAUAGUCACUACGAUCUCAGUAUCAGGUCUAACCAACACAGUUUUUGCUCCAGAGGAUCACAUUUUGCUGUUGGAAGUUUAAGGUCCAAUGGCUACAGCUUCUGCAAUAAGGAUUCACAUGCAGAAUUGUCCCACUUUGACCUGCGUUCCAAUCAGUUUAGCUUCCACAACAAAGAUUCUCAUGGGGACUUUGGUCUCCAGUCCAACAACCACAGCUUUUGCUCUCAUCGGGAUUCUCAGGCUGGUGUAAGCGGCAUUAAGUCAAACCCUCAAAGUUUCUGCAAGUCAUCACAAAUGGAUCUGUAUCAACACCAUAAUCAUCCCUACUCAGAGAGAGAAGUUGAGACCUUGAAGGGUACAGUCUCGGGCUAUGGAGGCGGCCGAGCUCGGUUUCUCUUACGCGAGGGUGAUUGUGACCUGAGCUGUUGUGAUGAAGAGGAGGAAAAUCAUUGCUUAAGUGAUGAACACAUGGACACAUUUCAGAGGAAACGAAGAUCUUUUUGUUUGCUUCUCAUUGAAAAGAUGAAACUACGUACGCAAGCUGUUAUUAACAAUUUUACAAGGAGUUCAAAUAAUCAUCCUCUCUUAGAUGCCCGAUUCUGGCUCAUGGACUUUGCAGUCUUCUUUGCAAUGUUGGGAACUUUGUGCCUGUACAUUAUCUAUAAAGAUUUUGCAGACUCUAAGGGCUUAGGGGACUACUAUUCAAUGGCACUUUCUGGCAUUGGUAUUGGAGACCUUUGUGGUAGAAUGUUUACUGGCUUCUUGAUGAACAUGAAGUGCAUUGAUUCAGUGUUUGCGUAUGGCUUGGCGCUGCUCUUAUGUGCAGUGGUGAUGGUUGGUCAUAUAUUUAUCAAGACAAGUACUCAACUUCUCGUACUCACUGUAAUAUUUGGAUUCCUGUACGGUGGACAAAAUGUUCUCAUUGCUGUUGCUCCAUCCAUGGUGUUUGGCAGAGAAAAGCUCAUAACAGUGUUUGGACACAUUCUCUUCCUGGGAGGUCUAGGAGCUCUUAUUGGGGCACCCAUUGCUGGUUACAUUGUGGACAGCACUGGUAACUAUGAUGGCGUUCUUUUAUUCUCUAUGGCCAGCCUCGCAUCUGGGACGCUCCUCAUGUUUAUGUGUUAUUUUAUCCACCGUAAAAGGAGUAAUGAACAACAUAUAGAAACUGUCUAAAGUUUAACUUUAACUUACCAAAUAAUAACAGGGUGUGAGAUAUGAAUGUUUUCUGAUACUGUAAAUGAAUACAGUUCAUUAUAAGGAUGAUAAGCUUAAGACUGAGUGUGAUAAUUUCAUUCCUUUAUUAAUAUCAGUCUGAGAACAUUUAAUUUGUGAUAAAAAUGAAUUAUUUGAAAAUAUUAUCCCUAUUCAGCAUGGAGCUAUAGAUACCUGUAUAGUUAAAAAUAACCCAUCUGUGUAGCUCUUAUCCAAAGUGAACAAUUUAUAUAAUUAGUAUUACUUGCUCCAGUAUUGUAUUUUUAUAUUUACAAUUCCAGAAAAACACAAGUUAGUACAGAACAGUAUAUAAAUCUAGUAUAAAGCUAAAAUGUGUAUAUAUAUUUAUACAUAUACAUAUAUUGUGACAACCUUCACUAGUUUAUAAUCUAUUGAUUACUUCAGUGGAUAUAUAUUGCAAAUAUUUGUUAUUAUAUUUAAGUCUUCUACACUUGAUUUGUACUGUAUUUAAUUUCUGGCUAUUAAAUUUGUUUUAUCUAGCACGAUAAAAAUAAUUUGCUCGGCUAAUAAUGUAAAUUACUUUAUAUGUUUUCAAAGCUUUAGAAGCUCUUGUUUAAGUCAAGUAACAAGCGAUAUUGUAAACGUAAGCAGUAAGUGCAGAUAAUGCUGCUAAGAUGCCACCAUAUUGAGAAGACCUUUUACACUCAACACAAUUCUUCACAAGAAUUUGUCUAGUUAGAUUUAACAAAGUUUUGCUAGUGAACUGUUCUGUAUAAAUAAGAUUGAUCCAGUUUGGUAUACUGUAUCUAGCAUAAGAAAUUCAAUAUGUAUAAUGACAAGGGAGACAAAACUAACAUUGCUGAGGGAGCUGGAAUACAUUUAAUUAUAUGGAAUUGACGAGCACGAAACACUGAUCAUUUGUAUGCGGAAAAUCCAGAGAAAUGGAAAAGAAAGAUGAACGUUUCGGCUGAUCAAGGCCGAAACAGCAUUGAUCGGCCGAAACGUUCAACUUUCUUUUCCAUUUCUCUGUGGAUUUUCCGCACAUUUAAUUAUAUAUUAGGUUAAUUCUCUCACAAGGGCUCUGGAAGGAAAUGUUUUUUAAAGAACAAAUUUAAAGCUUAAUAAUGUUGAUCUUACAGUGCAUACAAGUCAUUUACAGUAUAGUAAAAUAAUUAAAUUCUGUAUUUAUAUGCUGUUGGUCUGUCAGGUUAAGCGCACUGCAGGGAUCUGGCCAGCAAAUGAAUUUGUGCUAUAGAUACAGUCUGGCCCAUGGCUAGAGUAACCUCAACAAGGCAACUGUUUUACCUAAAUUUACUUGUGAACCACAAUGUAUAGUGGCCUUGAAGGGAACAGGAAGCUGGUGGCUUGCCAAAGUUCUCGUCAUUAUAAUUGAGGAUUAUCUCUUAGCAUCAUACAUUAUAAUUAACCUAACAAUGUUUGCACUCAGGUGUCUGAAAAUUUGAAUUAUAGACCAAAGGUAAUACCUUUGGUCUAUAUAAUUCCUUUGUAUUAUACUGUAUGACUUAACUUCCAGUCUCAAUGAUGUAAGCUACUCUGAGUAAUGCAGGCACUACGUAUUUAGUUUAUGCUAGAUCAUGUCAUCUCCAGCAUAGUACAUCUUAAUAAUAAUAAUAAUUUAUCUAAAAAAAUAUACAUAGGAAUAUUGUACAGAGGUGUGAUAAUUGUUACAGAGUACAUUAUGUACAUUUAAUAUGGUCACUAAUGCGUAGAGCAUUUCAGGCAUAACGUAAUACAGUGAAGUAGUUUGAAGGUUUAAUAAGAUUUGAUGAUUUGAGAUAUUGGAUAUCAAAUAUGAGAUUUGACUAUCAACCUCUGGAGGGUCAUUAAGGCAAUGCAAGUGACCUUGACUAACCACUCGGCAAGUACACUUUAGUGUUAGUCAGCUGUCACGGGCUGCUUCCUGGGGGUGGAGGCCUGGUCGAGGACCGGGCCGCGGGGACACUAAAGCCCCGAAAUCAUCUCAAGAUAACCUCAAGAUAACCUCAAGUCCUGAACAUAGUGUAGGACUAAAGUGUACUCUCAGCAUAUAUACACAGUGAUAAGCGGGAACACCUCUCGGUGUAUAUAUUAUGUUACAAUAAUAUGUUACAUUCUUGAGUUUAGAUUAAAUUGAACCAAAUCAUAAUUUAUAAAUUAUUCUGAUGCAAUACACACUUUAGCAAUAUGUACUGAAAUAAGUUUAAUAUGGGUAAGAAAUGGUGUACAGGUAUAUUUUAGAAGAAAUUUAUCAGUUCUGUGGUCACCCAAAGUUUUUUUUUUUAAGUUUAGUUCAUUUAUUAUGCACCCCAUACCCAUCUUGUGGGCAGUAGUGAAAAGGGUUACCCAAAGUAAUAAAAAAAAUCAUUUAAUAGCCUGUGGUUCUAGGAUUGGAUCACACACAAAAAUUUGUCUUAAUAAUAGAUAAAAGGCAUAAAAUGCCAAACCAUUAGUCAUAUAUUAAUUCCUUAUUGAUACAGAAUAUCUACAAGGAGUGUUAUUUUUUUUAUACUUCACAUUCAGUAAACAUAUACUGUACUGGAUUUGUCUUUUCUGAUAAAUUAUAUGACCUGGAUCUGCUAAAUUAAUUUAAUAUGCUACAUGUUUAAAACUUAUGUUGUAGUGAGUAUAGCAUAUCUUGCACGGUAGUCAGUGCAUAAAAUAAUGCAAAUAUCUGCUCUAAGAGUAGACUAUAUUUCUAGGUUUAACCCUCUAUAGUUUGUUGUACUGUACUUAUAUAUAUAUAUACAUUAUAUAUAUAUAUAAAAUACAGUAUAUAUAUAUAUAUACACACACAG